GAACACAGAAUAGAAUAAUAGUCAAAAAAGUAAAACACAAUGAAGCAGUGUGUUGUGUGGUGGGCACUUAUCUGAAUUGAGCGGGGAAAUGGAAAAAGAGGAGGAGGAGCAGCGCGAGUGGAGGCUAUACGAAGGCUACAAUGAGCUCCACGCGCUGGCCCAGGACUUGCACACGCCCUUCGACGCCCCCGCCGUCUUGGUCGUCGGCCACCAGACCGACGGCAAGAGCGCCCUAGUCGAGGCCCUGAUGGGCUUCCAGUUCAACCACGUCGGCGGCGGCACCAAAACCCGCCGCCCCAUCACCCUCCACAUGAAAUACGACCCUCAAUGCGAGUCCCCUUCCUGCCACCUCGUCUCCGACUCCGACCCUUCUCUUUCCCACCAUAAAUCCCUCCCCCAAAUCCAGGCAUAUAUUGAAGCGGAAAAUGCGAGGUUGGAGCAGGACACGAGCCAAUUCUCUGCCAAAGAAAUCAUCAUCAAAGUUGAAUACAAGUACUGCCCCAACCUCACCAUCAUCGACACUCCCGGCCUCAUCGCGCCGGCUCCGGGCCGGAAGAACCGUGCUCUGCAGGCGCAGGCGCGUGCCGUGGAGUCGCUGGUGCGGGAAAAGAUGCAGCACAAGGAGUUCAUCAUCCUCUGCCUUGAAGAUUGCAGCGACUGGAGCAACGCCACCACGAGGCGCGUCGUCAUGCAGGUCGAUCCCGAAUUGGCCAGGACAGUCAUCGUGUCCACCAAGCUGGACACCAGGAUUCCUCAGUUUGCACGUCCUUCUGAUGUUGAGGUCUUCCUCUCGCCGCCGCCGUCGACGCUCGACGGCUGCAUUCUUGGUGAUUCUCCGUUCUUCACGUCCGUGCCUUCUGGAAGAGUUGGGUGUGGAAGUGGUUAUCUCCAUAGCUCCAAUGAUGAGUUCAAACAGGCGGUUUGCUUCAGAGAGAUAGAAGAUGUUGCAUCUUUGGAGGAGAAGUUGGGCAGGGCAUUGUCAAAGCAGGAAAGGAGUAGGAUAGGCGUGAGCAAACUUAGGCUGUUUCUGGAAGAAUUGCUACAAAAGAGGUAUAUAAAUAAUGUACCAUUGAUCAUUCCACUUCUCGAGAAGGAGUACCGGAGUGUGACAAGGAAAUUAAGUGACAUUAAUCAAGAAUUGAGCACACUUGAUGAAGCCAAACUGAAGGAGAAAGGAAGAGCCUUCCAUGAUAUGUUCUUGACCAAGUUGUCAUUGUUGCUUAAAGGGACAGUUGUUGCACCUCCUGAUAAGUUUGGUGAAACACUGCAAGACGAACGAAUUAAUGGAGGUGCAUUUAUCGGUGCUGAUGGUGUUCAGUUCCCUCACAAGCUAAUACCUAAUGCAGGGAUGCGUCUUUAUGGUGGUGCACAAUAUCAUCGGGCAAUGGCUGAAUUUCGUUUUUUGGUUGGAGGAAUCAAGUGUCCCCCAAUUACUCGGGAAGAAAUUGUAAACGCAUGUGGAGUUGAAGACAUUCAUGAUGGAACAAACUACUCUAGGACUGCUUGUGUAAUUGCUGUUGCGAAGGCUCGUGACACAUUUGAACCUUUUCUUCAUCAGUUGGGGUCCAGACUGUUGUAUAUACUCAAGAGAUUGCUUCCGAUCUCUGUUUUUCUUCUUCAGAAAGAUAGUGAAUAUCUAAGUGGCCAUGAGGUGUUCCUCAGGCGUGUUGCCUCUGCCUUCAACAACUUUGCAGAAUCUACUGAAAAAUCAUGCCGUGAAAAAUGUAUGGAGGACUUGGUAAGCACCACAAGAUAUGUUUCAUGGUCUCUCCACAAUAAGAGUCGGGCUGGGUUACGUCAGUUCUUAGAUUCAUUUGGUGGAACAGAACAUUCCAAUGCUUGUAAUAAUCCUACAGCAACUGUUCUAUCACAAACAAGUGCACAUGAGAAAGAAGACACAAAGUCACAACCGGAUGUAAAACUCAGCCAUGUGGCCUCUGGCACUGAUUCUAGUUCAUCCAUUCAGACAACAGAAACAAAGCUUGCUGAUCUUCUAGAUAGUACACUCUGGAAUAGGCGGCUUGCACCUUCAUCUGAAAGAAUUGUUUAUGGCUUGGUACAACAGAUAUUUCAUGGCAUUAGAGAAUAUUUCUUGGUUUCCACAGAAUUAAAGUUCAAUUGUUUCCUUUUGAUGCCCAUUGUGGACAAAUUGCCUGCUCUUCUCCGGGAAGACCUAGAAUCUGCUUUUCAAGAUGACCUGGAUAAUGUUUUUGACAUAACCAAUCUGCAGCACUCAUUUGGGCAGCAAAAGAGAGAGACAGAAAUUGAACUGAAAAGGAUCAAGAGGCUCAAAGAGAAAUUUAGAAUGAUACAUGAGCAGCUAAUUCAAAAUCAAACCAUGUGAGCUGCUGGAACUGCUGAGUAUAAUUUUCAAUUGAAAAAGGCGUGAGGUUUAUAGAUUUAUGAUUUUUCAUUUUCCUAUAUUCGUGCUUACAUAAUGGCUUAUUGUAGAAGAAGGUUGACUAGAUGUUCAUUAUGAGGACUCUUUGCUGUAGUUAACUGAAUAUUUUUUCCUCAAAUAGUCUCAAGUCAGUUCCUGUGCUUGUAGAAUAGAUUGUGGGUUAGAAUUUCUUAUUAUUGAAUGUUACACAUACAAAUAUCUGGUUUUCAAGAGUUUCAAGAAUAAUUUUAAGAUA